UGGGUGGUUAUUUUCUUUUUAUUACUAUUCAAUACCAUCUUUCUAAUACGCAUAGGUAUUUACAAAUCGGAACAUAUCACUACUUGAAAGUUCAGGAAGAGCAUCCAUUAAAAUAUUUACAACUUGUGUCAAGGUUACACAGAAACAAAACUAUGUCAAUGGAUAUAACACUAGUAAAAGAGGAGCCUGGGGAAGAUAGUGAAAGCAAGGAAGCUAUACAGGCGGAUUUGUAUGAGGGCCAUGUUAUCAAGAGGGAGGUUGUUGUGGGCCCGGAGGUUUUUCGGAGGCCUGGCGCGGCAUUGGGACAGAAAGUUAAAGUAAAUGACAAAAACGAUGAAGAAAAUAUUAAAAAGGAAUGGCACAUGCACACCAAAAUCAAGGUGGAAAAAAAGGAAGAAAUUACAGAGAACGACAGUCAAGAUAAUUCAAUUAACGUUCAACAUGAUUUAAAAUCUGAGUUAAAAGAAUCUCAGAUUAAUGAUAAAAGUCCCAUUAAAACGAAUGUAGUUAAACCUAAAAGUAUAACCUUGUCAGAAGAAGAAAAACAUUUUACAUGCAAAAAGUGUAAAUCUUUGUUUUCUAGCAAAUUACUUCUUUUGAAGCAUAGAAAGUCCAAACACGGCUAUGCAUAUUUCAAAUGUAAGAAGUGUAAAUACGCCGCUGGUCGCAAAGCACAUUUUGAAAAUCAUUUGCGUACACACACUAGAGAAAAACCAUUUAAAUGUCACUGGUGUGAAUAUAAGUGUAGCCGGAAAGAUGCUUUGAUGGUACAUGAAAAGAUACACAGUGAAAACAGAGAGAAACGUUAUCAAUGCAAACAAUGCACUUUCCAAACUGACAGUAAAUCAUACAUAGUUCGCCACGAAAUGGUACACACUGGGGAAAAACCAUACAAGUGUCGCCACUGUUCAUACGCCUGUAGAAGCAAGGUUGACUUGCAAAGACAUGAGGGAACACAUAGACCUGAGAAUUCAUUCAAAUGCGGAAUGUGUGAUUAUUCAUGUACGCGGAAAAGUGAUUUAGGUCGACACAAAAGAUCACAUGCACCAAGACCAUUCAAUUGUACAGAAUGCACUUUUAAGUGUAGUCGAAAAAGGGUGUGGUUGCGCCAUCAACAAAUGCAUAUCGAAAAUACUUUUCAAUGCAACGACUGCAACUUUAUAUGCAGAAUGAGAAGACGAUUUCUCUUGCAUCUAAUAGAACACCGUAGUGAGAAACCAUAUAAAUGCAAUCAGUGUCAAAAUGAAUUUAAAUAUAGGAGCAGCUUAAGAACACAUAAAAUGACGCACACAGGUGAAAAGCCUUUCAAAUGUAACCAGUGUAGCUACAGGUGCAGCCUCCGUUACAAUUUAGUGAAACACAAAAUGAGACACAAUGGCCCAAAACCAUACACUUGCGAUGAAUGCGGUUUCAAAUGCCGCUUACGGGGUGGUAUAAUACGACACCUAAUGAUUCAUACGGGCGAAAGGCCGUUUAAGUGUAAGUCCUGUGAUUACAGGAGUAGGGAUAUCCAAUCUUUACGGAUACACGAGAGAAUACACAGCAAUGAGAAACCAUACAAGUGCGAUAUAUGCGAGUAUUCGUGUCGUUGUAAAAGUAAUUUGACUAAACAUGUGAAGACUUGGCACUAGAAGCCACUACUAUGGUAUAAGG